AUGGCUGGAUCAAAGAUCCGCAGUCCGAAACGUUCCUCGGCUGUCACUUCACCUGCCGGCUCUACCAGUUCCCAUCAAAAUCCUAGGGACCUGUUGAAUCAGGCAGCGGAAUUUGUUAACUGUUUCCAAAAUAAACAAGCACUGCGUUUAUAUGCGUCUGCACUUUCCCAACUCGAUCGUCUACAACCGACAGAGGAGAACCAAAUGCUGAAAAUUGAAGCUCUUCAGUCCUUUGGUUUUCUUUUGCUUGAUGAAGGAAGGUUCGAAGAGGCAAAAGAGAAUCUUCAAAAAGCCGUCGAGCUGUCCCCAGACGAAGGGUAUGAGAAAUACAUGUACUUGGCUCAAAUGUCGAAAGGUUCAGAAGCUGUGGCUUUGUACCAGGUCGGCAUCGAUAUUAUCAAAAGAUCUCUUGAAGCUACAAGUGAAACUGAUAUUUCAAUUCAAGAAAAGCUAAAGCGUGCCUUGUCAAAUGCCUAUUGUGCUAUCUCGGAAAUCUACACUACGGAUCUGUGUGAUGAACCCGAAGCCGAGUCAUGCUGUUUAGAGGCGGUUGAAAAUGCAAAGCAAGCGGACGAAAGUAAUCCCCAAGCCUGGCUCUCCGCUGCGAAUGUGCUGGCCAUAAAAGCUCGAGACGAUGAGGCUAGACAGGCCCUGGAAAAGUGUCAUUCACUUUAUUGGCCUCGAGUAGAGCAGGCCAUUUCAACUAUUCGGUCUCGUGAAAGUGGAAGCGCCAAUGCUGUUGAUAAUGACGAAGAAAUUGGCGCAUUCGAUUUGGAGGAGCUUUCGGGAAUUCCCUUUGGAGCACACCUUCAAAUGGCCACAUUGAUGAUGGAGUUGGACAUGUUCGAGCGUGCUGCGGAGAUUCUUGAAGCAAUGCUUGAAGAAGAUGACGGAGAUGUUGAGAUCUUUUAUUUUCUCACUGUUAUUGGGAAGAAGCUUUGGGUGAACUCUGAUCCUGACCGAUUGAGGCACGUAGCCGAAGCCACCAGAGAACUCUCGGCGAAAAAUGGCGACAUCGAGACGGCAAAAGAAAUGGAAGAACUCCUCGCUACUCUUCCUCGAAAUGGUAAGAGUCAGUUUUUAAAAAUGAAAUAA